ACGACCAACUGCGGCGAGGUUCUGUAUGGAAGGAGCCUUGAGUUGGCCUCCACUCGUCCUAGCCACGCCACGGACUUUCAUGCCGAUUUGGCCAAUGCUCCACCUUGCCCCGGCAACACCGCGGCUGGUGCUAGCGAAGGUGUGAGCGCUGGCAGUGGCAACGCGACAACCAGCGCGGCUGUCUGCAGCAUCUCUGGCCUGGCAGGUACCACCAAUGACUCGCUGAAAGAGACAACAUCGGGGCCCUUGUGCAAGGACUGCGUUACCAGCCUCGUCAGCUCGACUGACAAAGCCAACAAGCCGGCAACUCCCUCGGCUCCCCACUCGACAACACGGAAUCCGAUCGUGGACGAAGACGCCGCGGCCGGAUGGAGGGAUGAAGGGCCGAUCGGUGUGGCGGCUUCUUCUCCGCCGACCGCAGCUUCAACGGACACCUCAAACCCCCUCACGACUACUCAUAUCGUCGACAAGCCGGUCGGUAGGACAGCUUCUAAAUGGCCUCGCGGUCAGGGCGCCUCCCUCGAUCCGGAUCUUGAUCUCGAUCCCCAUCUCACUUCGGUUUCACCCUGCCUUCUCGCCCCCCUUGACCCGGUUGCCCUGGCCCGACACUGUAUUCCCAGCCUUGCCGCAUUCGACAACCUGCCGUCAGCAGCGUCUGCCGGC